AUGGAGCCGUGCACGUCUCGCAAUUGCAGAGCAGAGCAAGCAGCUGCUGCAUGCGCGACACCUGUUCCAGAGAAAGUAGGAAAGGCGAAAAAAAUGAAGAGGUUCUUGAAACAGGUUUUUUCUCGUAAAUCUACGGGAACCUCCAAUGCAGCAGAACAGGGCCAGUGCAGAGAUGCUGCGGCGGCGGCUGCUGCUGCAGGUGUCUCACCAGGGCUUGAGGAGAACCCAAACCCUGUAAAAAAGAAAAAUAAGUUCAAGAGGUUCUGUAAAUGGGCUUUUUCACGUAAAAAGAAAAGCCCCGCCGGAGCCCAACAGAACAACAUAGAGCCUCAGAGCACUUCCAUGUACAGCUGUGUGUCUUCCCUCACUGCCGCCGAGCAGGAGGCUAAUGAAGACAUUCCUGAAGCUGAACAGCAAAGCGACACCACAUCAGUGUGCAGCUGGCACAGCUGUGUAUCAUUCCUCACAGCUAAUGAGGACACUUCUCCAUCUGUGAGCGAGGAGAGCAGUGACAGCUCAUCAUCGGACAACAUAUUCUGGAAUGCAGAGACUGAAAAGAUCCAUUUAGAUUUAAAGGGAAAGACAGAUGACAUCUUCAGGCAUUAUAAAGCUGGUAUGAAGCUGGGUACUGGAUCAUUUGGAGACGUCUAUGAAGCAAUCCGGUUGUCCGAUUCACGAAAGGUGGCACUCAAAAUUGUGGAAAAGAAGAAAAGCAUACGACGAAUCAAGAUUGAUCGAUUCUCCGAGCCCAUGCCAGCAGAGGUCGCUGCGAUGAUAUUUAUGAACAGAGGCCCUAGAGUGCCGUACAUAAUACAGCUGCUGGACUGGUACGAGACACCAGCAGAAUACAUACUGGUGUUAGAGCGGCCUAUGCCAUGCGAAGACAUGAUGCAGUUUCUAAGGCGAUACAAUGACCGUAUCGGGGAACCGGCAGCACGAAUUGUGAUGCAGCAGGUCGUCAGUGCUGCAAUAAUAUGCUGCCAAAGGGGCAUCGUCCACAGAGACAUCAAGCUGGAAAACCUGCUCAUUAACAAAAACACGCUGCAGAUCAAAUUAAUAGACUUUGGCUGCAGUGAACGCUUGAGGAAAUCCGCCUAUACAGGAUUCUGUGGAACGAAGGUUUACGCUCCUCCAGAGAUCAGUACUGGAAGCUACCACGGCAAGCCUGCAACAGUGUAUUCUUUAGGCGUACUGUUGUACAGGAUGGUGCGUGGGAGGUUCCCUGGUUCCCUGCAGCUCCGGGAUAUCUUUGACAAGACCUGGUACACAGAAGAACUUUCCAAAGAAUGCAUAGAUCUCAUUUGUUCCUGCAUGGCAAGACAUCCAGAAAAGCGGAUUAGUUUGGAAAAGAUCCUCCGCCAUGAAUGGUUUGAGGCAUUGAUCGUGAAAUUUGUUGCAUAUGGGGCUGCACAGCCCAUGCUGACACAUACCACCUACUUAAGCAUUGUUGCAGACCCUUUCAUGGAAACGGUGGUUCCCCAGUGGCUGUGGCCUCUUUUAGCAGGAUAA